GUAACGUUCGUGAGCGUCGGUUGUGCGAGCGGAAAGCUGCGCGCGCCACAUAUAAAAGUUCGCUCAGGUGUGUGACUCAAAGCGACCGUUGUUGGUAACAAGAGCGUAGUUACUCACAUAAGCCAGUACAGUUUAAAAUGGCACAAAAAGUCAAAUAUCGCGAUAAAUUAAAAUGUCUUUGUGGCAUUCUGAUGGUAUUAGCGGUGCUCCACACACUGCCCAUAGAGAUUGAAGCACAAACUCGAGAUCCCCGUUUCUAUUCGCGCGUGGGUGUCGAUUACCAAUGGCCGAAUCCCGGCGAUCCCGAUUACAGAACUUACACUUUCAAUGAUCGUCGAUAUGGGCAUUAUCAACCAAACGGUUAUGGCGCUAAUUAUCCUGGCAGAAAUCCACCAGGACAAUAUCCACAAGGCAUGCCCAAUGAAGAUCGGUUUCGUUUUGAUCCGAAUGAUCCAAAUGCACGCACCCAGUUUCCGGGCGUAUUGGCUGGAUGGCGUGAGGAUUUGCAGGGCAAACAACGUCGAGAUUCAUUGACACUCGAGCGUGAUGUUUUUGUGACCACCAACUAUGGCCAGGUGCAGGGCUUUAAGGUGUAUAUGUACGAUAAUCCCGAUCCGAAAUCCUUCUAUCGACCCUAUCACUCCACAGUCGAUCGUGUGAUGGGUGAGUGCUCUGUUUUUCUGGGAAUUCCAUAUGCCCUGCCGCCCACCUUUGAGGGUCGCUUUAAACCGCCUCGCCUGCAUCGUGGCUGGCAGCUGCUCCAGGCCGUGGACUUUGGCCCAGCUUGUCCACAGCCCGUGCGUUACACGGGAGCUACCAAAGGCAUUAUGGACAUGGACGAGGAUUGCCUUUACCUCAAUGUGUAUUCACCCAAGACUGGUGCUGGAGUUGCACAGAAAUAUCCGGUUAUGGUUUACAUCCAUGGCGGUGAGUUUGUGCGUGGUGCUUCCAAUCUGUUCCAAGGGCAUGUACUUGCCUCCUUCUAUGAUGUGGUAGUGGUCACUCUCAACUAUCGUCUGGGUGCCUUGGGUUUUCUUUCUACGGCUGACGAGAACUCACCCGGCAACUAUGGCAUCCUGGAUCAGUCAAUGGCUCUCAAAUGGGUUCACGAUAAUAUUGAGUUUUUCAAUGGCGAUCGCGAUUCCAUUACGCUUUUUGGUCCUGGAGCUGGAGGCGCUUCAGCAGGACUCUUGAUGGUCGCGCCACAGACGCGAAACAUUGUGAAGCGUGUCAUUGCACAGUCCGGAUCGGCGUUGGCUGAUUGGGCUCUCAUCCAGGACAAGUACCGAGCUCAGAAUACAAGCCGAGUGCUCGGUCAAUUGCUGGGCUGUUCCAUUGAUUCAUCGUGGAAGCUAGUCAAUUGCCUGCGCACUGGACGCAGCUUUUACGAGUUGGGCAAUGCGGAGUUCUCGCCCCAAGUGGGCAGCUUCGCAUGGGGACCGGUGCUAGAUCAUAAUUUCACGCUUCCCGGCGAUGAUUGGUAUGAGGGUUGGCGGGAGAAGGACUGGCGCUUCCUCACCCAAACACCCGCGACUCUGAUACGCGCAGGAAGAUUCAAUCGCAACAUACAGUACAUGACAGGUGUAACUACUCAAGAGGCAGCCUUUUUUGUGGCACAAAAUGAAUCGCUGGCACCGUAUUACGAGCUAAAUGGACAAUUCUUCGACCAGAAGGUGAGGGAGCAUGUCUUCCGCUACAACUACACGCUAAAUCCGAAUGGCGUUUAUGAGGCAAUCAAGUAUAUGUACACCUAUUGGCCGGAUCCUAAUAACAACACCAUUAUACGGGAUCAAUACAUCAAUAUGCUAAGUGAUCUCUACUAUCGGGCACCUGUAGAUCAGAUGGUCAAGUUGCUCCUGGAACAGAAAAUACCCGUCUAUAUGUAUGUGCUGAAUACCACCGUGGAGGCGCUUAAUCUGCCACAAUGGCGCAAGUAUCCCCACGAUACGGAGCAUUACUUUUUGACCGGUGCACCAUUCUUGGACACCGAAUUCUUCCCUAAAAAGGAGCAUCUGCAGCGCAAUAUGUGGACCGAUAAUGAUCGCAACAUGAGCCACUUUUUCAUGCAGACCUAUUCGAACUUUGCGAGAUUUGGCAAUCCUACGCCUCAGCAGGUUCUGGGCAUGCACUUUCAGCGCGCAUAUCAGGGCGAGAUACGAUACCUCAACAUCAACACCACCUUCAACUCGUCGAUCCUACUCAACUAUCGACAAACAGAGUGCGCCUUCUGGACACAAUAUUUGCCCACAGUCAUUGGCGUCCUGGUGCCCACAUAUCCGCCCACUACAGAAUACUGGUGGGAGCCCAAGGAGCCACUGCAAAUUGCCUUCUGGAGCAUGUCGGUAGCCUGCUUCUUCCUCAUUGUGCUCGUUGUUAUCUGCUGCAUUAUGUGGCGCAACGCCAAGCGUCAAUCGGAUCGAUUUUACGACGAGGAUGUCUUCAUUAAUGGCGAGGGUCUGGAAACUGAGCCCGAUCCGCGAGGCGUGGAUAAUGCGCACAUGGUGACCAAUCAUCAUGCACUGCGGUCGCGAGACAACAUUUACGAGUAUCGCGACUCGCCGUCAACCAAAACGCUAGCCAGUAAAGCGCACACGGAUACCACAUCUCUACGCUCGCCAAGCUCGCUAGCCAUGACCCAAAAGUCUGGCAGUCAAGCUUCGCUUAAGUCGGGCAUUUCGCUGAAGGAGACUAAUGGCAACUUGGUGAAGUCAGAGCGUGCGACAACACCACGUUCCCAGACGAAUGGUACAACGGCCAAGUCACCGCACGUCGAGGAAAAGAGACUGCUUCAACCUAUCUCCAGCACGCCAAUGCCACAGCUGCAGUCAGAACCAACGAAUCGAUCAUUGGCCACAUCCAAAGCUGCCAGCAUCGCCAGCAGCAGCAGCCGUAGCACCACGCCGGUGCCCUCAGCGCGCACAACGACGACAACAGCGACGUUGAGCUCACAGCCCGCAGUGCAUCCGGUUGUGCAGCCGGCAGCGCAACCACGCCGUACGCAGCUGGUGGAAGGAGUGCCCCAAACAUCUGUCUAAGUAACCGCUCUCUAAGCGCGCGAUGUGCUUAGAGAGUGUACCGCAAGAGCCUUUGAAUGAACAACAGUACCACAUUGCAACUCUAAUCUAAUGGAAUCCCCAGCCGAUUUCCGCACAAACAGUUGACAUUUCAAUACCGGCAGCACAAUAGUUUUUAAAUUUAUUUUAAUCUUAGUUUUACAUUAUUUAUAAUUUAUCAAUUUAUAUCGAUCUGUAAGAUCACUUUACCCCUAAUUGUAGCCAGCUUAAUUUGUAUCCUGUAUUUUAUUUUCUUUAAAUAUUUUUUUCUAUAUUAUUUAUUAAGUUCGACAACCCAACGAAUACGAAUCCAUAUCAAUGACAUUCCAGAGAAUUGCUGAACCCUUAAAUCGAGGAGUCGCAUUUCAAUGUACAUAAAUCUACAAUAAGCUAUAAUUGUAAUGCUGUAGGCUUAAGAAAAUCCAAAAAGCAGUUAAGCAAGCAUUCUUUUGAAUAAAACAAAGCAACCCAAUCUGCGCAGCUAUAGAAAUUCUCAUCAAACUGAGAGAUAAGUGCCUUUUGUGGAUCUACCCUAGCAUUAAGUGAGGUUACUCAUAUGACUAUAUAUUUAUAUAUGUUUUAUGUGUCGCAUAUAUAGAACCAAUGACCAUACAAAUCAGUGUGAACCGUCCAAUAAUUUCUUGUUUUCAUGUGAAGUGUGUUUAUGUUUAUGUAUAUAUCAGAUAUAUAGAUUAUACGAUCAAUUUUAUACAUGUUUAUGAAAACAUAGAAAAUUCACUUACAUUAACAUUAUCAUAAGUUCAUUUAGUUAUAUAAUUAAUUCAAACACACAAGUAUUCGUAAUGCAAUGUCUAUGAAUUCAUUUGUAAAAUGUUCUUUAAUGCUAAUGCUUCGCGUGUCUUAUGUCCCUCGUUCUCAUCACAUCAAUUAGUUAAUAAAGUUCUUCUUUAUUCUUAA